AUGAAAACUCUCUUACUUUGGGGAACAAUCUUGCUGCUCAUAUGGCUUUGCGUGGCCGAAGGGGAUGGAGAAGGUAAAUCCACAACAGAAACAACGAGAUCAUCAACAACUGGGUCUACCACACAAACUACUGAUGGUUCAACAUCUGAAUCCACAACGGAAAGCACCGGAUCAUCAACAACUGGGUCUACCACACAAACUACUGAUGGUUCAACAUCUGAAUCCACAACGGAAAGCACCGGAUCAUCAACAACUGGGUCUACCACACAAACUACUGGUGGCGCUGUGCACGUGAGAACCUACUGGGGCAUAGUCCUCAACUUACUGGUUCUGAAAAUGAUCCUAUGUUAG